AUGGUAUGGCUCACAUUGGCAUGGUAUGGCUCACGUUGGCAUGAUAUGGCUCACAUUGGCAUGGUAUGGCUCACAUUGGCAUGGUAUGGCUAUUGGCAUGGUAUGGCUCACAUUGGCAUGCACAAGCCCAGGCAACUCACAUGCUCACACCUGUGCUGUGCUCAUCCCAUCUCACACUCCCAUCAACUCAUCCCAUCUCACAACCCCAUCCCCUCAUCCCAUCUCACACUCCCAUCCCCCCAUCCCAUCUCACACUCCCAUCACCUCAUCCCAUCCCACACUCCCAUCCCCUCAUCCCAUCUCACACUCCCAUCACUCCAUCCCAUCUCACACUCCCAUCCCCUCAUCCCAUCUCACACUCCCAUCACCUCAUCCCAUCUAACACUCCCAUCCCCUCAUCCCAUCUCACACUCCCAUCCCCUCAUCCCAUCUCACACUCCCAUCAUCUCAUCCCAUCUCACAAUCCCAUCCCCUCAUCCCAUCUCACACUCCCAUCAACUCAUCCCAUCUCACACUCCCAUCCCCUCAUCCCAUCUCACACUCCCAUCCCCUCAUCCCAUCUCACACUCCCAUCACCUCAUCCCAUCCCACACUCCCAUCCCCUCAUCCCAUCUCACACUCCCAUCACCUCAUCCUAUCCCACACUCCCAUCCCCUCAUCCCAUCUCACACUCCCAUCACCUCAUCCCAUCUCACACUCCCAUCCCCUCAUCCCAUCUCACACUCCCAUCACCUCAUCCCAUCUAACACUCCCAUCCCCUCAUCCCAUCUCACACUCCCAUCCCCUCAUCCCAUCUCACACUCCCAUCAUCAUCCCAUCUCACAUUCCCAUCCCCUCAUCCCAUCUCACACUCCCAUCAACUCAUCCCAUCUCACACUCCCAUCCCCUCAUCCCAUCUCACACUCCCAUCCCCUCAUCCCAUCUCACACUCCCAUCACCUCAUCCCAACCCACACUCCCAUCCCCUCAUCCCAUCUCACACUCCCAUCACCUCAUCCCAUCUCACACUCCCAUCAACUCAUCCCAUCCCACACUCCCAUCCCCUCAUACCAUCUCACACUCCCAUCCCCUCAUCCCAUCUCACACUCCCAUCACCUCAUCCCAUCUCACACUCCCAUCCCCUCAUCCCAUCUCACACUCCCAUCAACUCAUCCCAUCUCACACUCCCAUCCCCUCAUCCCAUCUCACACUCCCAUCACCUCAUCCCAUCUCACACUCCCAUCACCUCAUCCCAUCUCACACUCCCAUCACCUCAUCCCAUCUCACACUCCCAUCCCCUCAUCCCAUCUCACACUCCCAUCACCUCAUCCCAUCUCACACUCCCAUCCCCUCAUCCCAUCUCACACUCCCAUCACCUCAUCCCAUCUCACACUCCCAUCACCUCAUCCCAUCUCACACUCCCAUCACCUCAUCCCAUCUCACACUCCCAUCCCCUCAUCCCAUCUCACACUCCCAUCACCUCAUCCCAUCUCACACUCCCAUCCCCUCAUCCCAUCUCACACUCCCAUCAACUCAUCCCAUCUCACACUCCCAUCCCCUCAUCCCAUCUCACACUCCCAUCACCUCAUCUCAUCUCACACUCCCAUCCCCUCAUCCCAUCCUACACUCCCAUCACCUCAUCCCAUCUCACACUCCCAUCACCUCAUCCCAUCUCACACUCCCAUCCCCUCAUCCCAUCUCACACUCCCGUCACCUCAUCCCAUCUCACACUCCCAUCACCUCAUCCCAGACUGCAUGA